CAAUAUACAAUGCUAGACUCGUAAACUAAUUCAUCAUGUCUCUUGUGUCAAAAAGAGUUUUAGCCACCCCAUACUUAGCCUCAGCAUCUGAAGCCUGUAACGAAAUUUUCCAACGAUUUGGGGAUAAGCCGAUAUCCGUUCGAGAGCAGCUAAUUGAUGCUAACCAGGUUCAACUUCUCAGCCUGACACUCGGCCGCCCAAACCUCCAUCGGGGAAUCUCCGUUACCAACACUGCGCCUCGAACUGGAACUCCGAUUCCUCCCGGUUACCAUUUAGUUUACUUCACUCCAACUAUACUAGAAAAUGACUUGGGCCGGGAUGGAACUGAUCGAACGGUUAAUCCACUCUCGCCAUUUACGAGGAGGAUGUGGGCUGGUGGAGAAUUGGAGUGGAAACAGGGACAAGAUGAGUUACUUAGAGUCGGCCAAGUAGUGCAGGAAAUCACGAGAAUGAGGUCAGUGGAACCGAAGAAAUUGAAGAGUGGCGACGAGAUGCUCGUGGUGGGUGUGGAGAAGGCGUACAAAACGGAAAAGGGCGUAGUACUAGUAGAUCGUAGGAACUGGGUCUUCCAGAAAGAAAUCAUAGAUAAGACAAAGCAACAGUCGAAGCCGGAACCAAAGGCCCUACCCGAAGGAAACUUCACGCGUGACUUUCUCCAAACCGAAGUCUCCCUCUUUCGAUUCUCGGCAUUGACUUUUAACGGCCACAAAAUCCAUUACUCGCGCGACUGGUGUCGUGAGGUCGAAGGACAUCGUGACUGCGUGGUUCACGGCCCCUUGAACCUGAUCAACAUGCUUGACCUUUGGCGGGAUACAUCAAGAGGUGCCGCAGAGGGUGCAGUACCGAAACGUGUUGCGUAUAGGGCGAUGAGUCCGCUCUAUGUGGGAGAGCAGUACCGAAUUCUGUUGGAAAAAGAAGCGGCUAAGGAGCAUAUGCCGGGAAGGGAGUGCGAGGGGUGGAAAGCGGAGAUUUGGGAUUUCUAUGGGAAGGUAGCUUUAAAGGGAAGUAUUGUCGAGUAG